AUGAAAUACAACCAUUGUUUCCAGUCUAACUAUCUGCGUCUGUUUCAUUAUUCUUGAACGGAGAUAGAGCUAGAGAGUUAGGACAACCUUCAUAGCACCGAAAAAAGACAACGAAGGAAGUGUGAAAAAUUUUAAGUCGAUAAGAAGAAAAUGGUGGAAGCGUGGUGGCCACUAUUAGCAGCAGCAGUGCCUGCGCUAAUUGCAGGUCAAGCAUUGAGGAUAAAGAAGAGACAUGGCGAAGAAGAGAGGAUCAAGAGUGCUCGAGGAAGAGAGAAAAGCUCUGAUGAAAUCUUUGUCUGCGAAAGAGUUUGCGUUUCAAAAAGAAUGCUGAAAAAAGUUGGAGCUUUCUCUAAGGAUCCCAUUCCCGACACUUGUGUCACUGUCUGUGGCGUAUCUGAGCUCGACGCUUGCUCUGAUGCUUGUGCUCGAACCGUCUGCGUGAACCAGCAUCAAGUUGCUAAUUGGAAUGACAUCUGUCUUAGAAGAUGUCAAAGUGAGUGUCUUAAGCUCUCUACUUCUUCUCGCUCUUCUUGAAAUGAUAAGAAUAUCGAAUCUCUCUUAGUGUUCUUUAAGCUUGAGAGUCUGAAAUGUAUGAUUUGAUUUCUUUUGAAAUGGAAAUGGUUGUUGGAUCUGAA